UUCAAUCCUUCCUUCUAGGGUUUUUCCUGACCUCUCCCUAAUCUCUCUCUGUUCCUCCCAUGGCGGUGGCUGCCAGUGGCUUUGCCGCCCCUCUUUCGUGGCCGAACAACAAGUCCUCCUCCUCGUCGUCGUGUUUGCAUUUCCGAAUCGGACCGUGUACAAUCAGAGCGCCGCCUCUCAAGAAGACUAGGUGUGAAAUCGCUUCCCAGAAUUCGGCUCAGGCCGUCACCCUCGCCGGCUCCAGAUCUUUCUCCGCUCUCGAGCUCCUCAAGUCCUCCUCAGCUGACAGAUAUACCAAGGAAAAGAGCAGCAUUGCUGUGAUAGGACUAAAUGUUCACACAGCUCCAGUUGAAAUACGCGAGAAACUUGCCAUUCCUGAAGCACAGUGGUCUCAAGCCAUUGGAGAGCUCUGUGCUUUGAAUCAUAUAGAAGAAGCUGCUGUUCUUAGUACUUGCAACCGUAUGGAGAUAUAUGUUGUUGCUUUAUCCCAAAAUCGCGGAGUUAAAGAAGUGACUGAAUGGAUGUCAAAGUUAAGUGGUGUUCCUGUCUCAGAGCUUUCUAAACACCGAUUCCUUCUGUUUAACAAGGAUGCGACUCAGCAUCUAUUUGAAGUAGCUGCUGGGCUUGAUUCUCUUGUUCUCGGAGAAGGUCAAAUCCUAGCUCAGGUUAAACAUGUUGUGAAAGUUGGACAGGGAGUACCUGGUUUUGAUAGGAAAAUCAGCGGGUUGUUCAAACAUGCAAUCACUGUUGGUAAACGGGUUAGAACAGAAACCAACAUUGCAUCAGGAUCGGUUUCUGUCAGUUCAGCUGCUGUGGAGCUAGCUCUCAUGAAGCUCCCCGAACGUUCCUAUGCUACUGCUAGAGUUUUGGUGAUUGGUGCAGGUAAGAUGGGGAAACUUGUGAUUAAACACUUGGUUGCAAAAGGGUGUAGAGAAAUGGUGGUCGUGAAUAGGAGUGAAGAGAGAGUUGCCACAAUACGUGAGGAAUUCAAGGAUGUUGAAAUAAUAUAUAAACCCCUUUCAGAUAUGCAAGCAAGUGCUGGUGAAGCCGAUGUCAUCUUCACUUGCACCGCAUCAGAAACCUCACUAUUCUUGAAAGAACAUGUACAGAUGCUUCCCUUUGUGAAGCCAGAACUUGGAAAACGGUUUUUUAUUGAUAUCUCUGUCCCUAGGAAUGUAGCACCAUGUGUCUCAGAUCUUACAACUGCAUGUGUAUACAAUGUGGAUGACCUCAAAGAGGUUGUGGCAGCCAACAAGGAAGAUAGGCUUCAAAAGGCUAUGGAAGCUCAGACAAUUAUUAUCGAUGAGUUAAAUAAAUUUGAAGCCUGGGAGGAUUCUCUUGAGACUGUUCCUACCAUCAAGAAGUUUAGAGCUUAUGCUGAGAGGAUUAGGGCUUCUGAGGUUGACAAAUGUUUGUCAAAGAUGGGAGAUGAUAUUUCAAAAAAGCAACAGAAAGCAAUAUACGACCUUAGCAUGGGAAUAGUGAACAAACUCCUUCAUGGUCCAAUGCAACACCUCAGGUGUGACGGAAGCGAGAGUCGUCCUUUGAAUGAGAUACUAGAGAAUAUGAAUGCUAUAAACAGAAUGUUUGAUCUCGAGACAGAUAUAUCUCUGUUGGAAGAAAAGAUUCGAGCCAAGAUGGGUCGUUCCCAGAAAUAAAGGUCCUUGUAGCUGGCAUUUUUUGUCUUUCUCCAGUUGCAAGUUAAUUGGAACUUCGGCUAAUGAUCGACACAGUAUAUAAAUUGAGGCUGUAUGAUUCAUUCAUCGAUACAUUUUUUCGGACAAUAAACCUGUCUUCCCCAUACGUACAGAACAGAUAUUUUGCCUGAAGGCAACAAGCCAAAUUCUUGAGGUAUAUCUUAAUGCUUAAUAUUUACUUGUAACAGAGAGUAGCUCUGCAGUUCAUUCUUGUUGUUAACAUGUAAUUUAAGUUGAGUGUAACUGUCGUGAGAGUUAGUUUACAUCCAUCUUUGAUCUUCUUUUACUAUAUGAGAACUGAUGGAAUAUGAAUGUGGAAUUGCAAGCCACGAAAAGAAAAACAUUACAUUUCUCGUGUA